AUGCUUGGAUGGAUUACAACAUUUUUUAAAGCAAAAUCCUCCAAAGUUGAUAAAGAUGAAAACAUAUCAAGUUCCUCUUCACAGGCCGCUUCCUCUCCUGCAGCAGUGUGCUCUCAGCAUCAGUCCCUCCUGGAUUCCGCAGUCCGAUGGAGCCGUCCAUACGAUGUGUUUGUGUGCCACAGCUGCGAGCCCGGUGAUACUGAAGAAGCCGAGCGCCUAGUUUCUUUUCUGGAGGCGCCUUCUCGUAACCUGAGGUGUUAUUUGUCACAUAGAGACUCCUCUCCUGGAGCAGCCAUUCCAACAGAGCUGUACCAGGCUGUCCACAACAGCCACAUAAAGGUGCUGCUCGUCUCCCAACACUUCUUAAGCGAUGGAUGGUGCACUUAUGUGAUGCACCAAGCAAUGGUAGAUGGACCUAUGUCGAACAGGUUGAUCCCUUUGGUUCGAAACUUAAUGCACUCUGACGUCCCACCAGAGCUGAAGGUCUACUCUUACUGUGAUCUCAGCAGAAAUACAGAACUUUGUUUCGCACUUGUCUACAGGACUGUCCUCCAGUAUCUGAAAGACUUAUUGGCACUAGAUGAGAAGAAAAUUAAAGUAGAAAAAGAACCCGGCUAA